AUGUCGUCCGAAGUAGCCAAAGCUGAAGUCUUUUUUUACAAAGUUUUUGGGAACGGUCGCAGUGACGUUGAUGGAGCCGAGUUUAUCUCUGGGUUACAGCAGCACUAUAACAUAGAAAAUAAAAAGUACAAACAAGUCUUUGAGUAUAUCUUUUACUUUAUAACCGGACAACGAGCUUCCGAGAAGACGAAAGUCUCGAAGAAGAAAUUUGUUGAAUUUUAUAAUUAUCUUCCCGUUUUAGAAAUCCCCGACGUCGAACGGAUUUUAUCUCUUGUGUUAUUUAAAAUGAUAGAUAAAGAUGGGAAUGGAACAGUGGACGAGGGGGAAUUUGCUAAAUUCACUGCUUUAAUGCAAAAGGCUGGAAUAAAAGAAAAACAUAAAGAAGGAGAUUUUGCUUUUUCGGCUAUUAAAACGCAGACAGAUAAAACUAUUACUCUUGAACAAUUCCACCAAUGGUUUAGAACUAAAAGUUGGGCUUCUGAUUAA